ACGGUAGUAAAAACACUGGACAACACCGCGUCAGUCACUUUUCAAUUGCACGCCCCACUCCCACGACAACCCCCCUGUCCUCACCAACAAGAACAACAUGCCGCUGCUCUCCAACAAACUCGAGCACCUGUUGAACCCCGUUGGUACCGCCUUCCAUCACUGUGCCGACCACGACGAUGACUUGGACUCGUCGAGACAUUUCAUUUCGUACAUUUGCGGCGGCGACGGCCGGACCUGCGGACCAGAACCCCUCGAGGUCAUCAUCCCGCACUGUUCCCCCUUCGAAUGCGUGCACAGCCCUCGCACCGACACGAGCGAACUCGACUCUAUUGACGAAGACGUGAACGCUAUCGGGCAUGCUAUUUCCCCCACUGGGACCUCUCGAUACUGCUUGGUCGGCCAAUGCCCGAAUAAAGUCAAGCGCAAUGGAGUGUGCUGGCGCCAUGGCGGGUUCCGCAACUGCACGUCCACAGGAUGCAUCAACCGCGCCAAGUCGCGAGGCCUCUGCUGGACCCACGGCGGUGGCAAGCGCUGCGACACUCCAUAUUGCUCCAAGACUGCCCUGCGAUAUGGCCAUUGCUGGGCCCACGGCGGAGGCAAGCGAUGCGACGCGGAUGGCUGCAAACGACCAGCUUAUGAGAGGAAUGGGAACCGGUGCACCCUUCAUACACGCCCAGCAGCCCUCUCGUUGGAGUCGUAGUUGUUUGCCCUGUCCUAGUAUUACCAAGCCUUUCACAACUAAACACACGUAUAUAAAACUUAACUUUAUUGAUACUA